AUGGCGACCGCCGGCAGUGGGCUGGCCGCGGCUGCAUUUGUCGAGCUUUCGGAGGAUGGUAGCGCCAGCCCUGAUGAUACUGGCGAGAAGCUCGAUGUCGACAGCUUGGGCAAUGGGGCCGCCUCUAGAUCCGACAUCUUCCCCAAUGAACUGUGUGACAUCAUGUCAAAACUUCAUGCCAACGCUCCUGCCCACUCUUUCCAUGCGACGAAGCGGAUAGUCCAAAAUGCUUUUGGCGGACGCGAUUUCGACGAUAUAUUUGAUGAGUUUGACGAGAAACCGAUUGGCGUCGGUGCCAUUGCCCAGGUCUACAAAGCAAAGCUCAAGCCUGACCUCGCCGUUCCUGGAGACGUGGAUAUUCCUGAGGAACCCGCCGAUCUCCGCCAUAACGUCCGCAAAAAUGUCGAUACAGUUCUCAAAAGCACACCGAAGCGCGUCCCAUCGUCCUAUGUUGCCAUCAAGGUCCAGCACCCCCGCGUUGAGCGGACUGUGCGGCGCGACCUUCGGAUCAUGCGGUUCUUCGCCUCCGUACUUAACGUGGUGCCGACGAUGGAAUGGCUAUCUUUGCCUGAUGAAGUAGACCAGUUUGGAGAGAUGAUGAAGCUGCAGCUGGAUCUGCGUAUUGAAGCGGCAAAUCUGUCAAGGUUCCGCAAAAACUUCAAGGAGAGAACUACGGCCUGGUUCCCAUUUCCCUAUACAGAAUUCUGCACUCGGAAUGUGCUCAUCGAAGAGUUCGCUUACGGCAUACCCCUCGCCGACUUUAUUGCCAAUGGAGGAGGGAUGUUCCAGCAAGACAUCGCCUCCGAGGGUCUUGACGCGUUUCUGCGCAUGCUUCUCCUCGACAACUUUGUUCACGCCGACCUCCACCCUGGAAAUAUCAUGGUGCGGUUCUAUGAAGCGGAUCGACCUAGCCUACGGUUGCGCCGCGCGCCCGGGAACCCCGGUGUAGGGCACCAGGCAGACGUUACCGAGCAGGUUUUGUCACGGCUGCGUCCGCAUCAGCACGACAAGAAGCUCUGGAACGCCGAGUUGGCCAAGAUUGAGCGCGAGGGAUUCAGGCCACAGCUGAUCUUUAUCGACACUGGUCUUGUGACGGAACUGAAUGCUACGAAUCGGCGCAACUUCCUCGACCUGUUCCGCGCCGUGGCCGAGUUCGAUGGCUACAAGGCCGGCCAUCUGAUGUGCGAACGGUGUCGGCAACCUGACGCGGUUCUCGAUAGCGAGGUGUUUGCCCUGAAGAUGCAACACUUGGUUCUCGGCGUAAAGAGCCGGACACUCGCACUCGGAAACGUCAAGAUUGGUGACAUAUUGCAGGAAGUCCUAGGGAUGGUCAGGCAGCACCAUGUCCGCCUAGAAGGGGAUUUCGUCAAUGUGGUCAUCAGCAUGUUGCUGCUCGAGGGUAUUGGCCGCAGCUUGAACCCUGAUGUAGACCUCCUCAGCAGCUCGCUCCCGAUUCUAAGGCAACUCGGCACCCAGGGCGGCAAGGACAUGGUCAAAGAGGGCGACUUCCAUAUGCUAAAAGUGUGGGUAGGCCUAGAGACGAGAAGGUUCAUGCAGGCCAGCGCCGAAGACGUCGAAAGAUGUGUCCGAUAUGAUCUCCUCUCUCCGAAUGUCUAA